AUUCAUUCAUCAGCCAAUCAAAUGCCUCACGCCGCUGUAGCCUCAUAGCCGCAGGACUAACCCGAAAGCGGACUAGAAGCAAUGCCCACCCAUCCAGUCUGACAUGCGCCGCGCGCAGCACCGCGAGUCGUCAGCUCCGUCUGUAACUCCAAUAAGUUGUCAAUCGACAUUUACUUCUUUGAUGCUCAGGUGGUAUACCCGUUGUGCUCCUCUUCCUGUCAAUUCUGUCUUCCCAGACGCUUCAAUUGCGGCCCCCCACGACCGGCAGUGGCAUCCGAAGCCGACAGAGACGAAACACCACGGCAGCGCCAGCUUCAAGCGCAACGACGACAGUCGACCAACUUGGUCGGGCCUGUGCGACAGCUUGAGCUUCUCAACCUCCCAGCUCGAUCUACCCGGACUAGCGUCCCACUCUAGACAAUGGCGCAACUCGUCCUCGACCUCUUCUACUCGUUAGGCAACUGCCUCAACUGCUUCCCUGGCUCGCCGACCCUCAAGAUCAACCAGCGCAGCUUCAAGAUCCUCCGCCUGCUCGGCGAGGGCGGCUUCUCCUAUGUCUACCUUGUCGAGGACACAAACUCCCACCAGCUCCUCGCCCUCAAAAAGAUCCGCUGCCCCUUUGGCGCCGAGUCCGUCCAGCAGGCCAUGCGCGAGGUCGACGCCUACGCCCUCUUCGAACACAUACCCACCAUCAUCUCGGCCGUCGACCACUCGGUCGCCACAGACCGCGGUUCCGGCACGGGCGACGAUGCCGCCAAGACAGUAUACGUCCUGCUGCCCUACUACCGGCGAGGGAAUCUGCAGGACAUGAUCAACGCCAACCUCGUGAACCACACACACUUUCCAGAGAGGAAGCUCAUGGUUCUGUUCCUCGGCGUGUGCAAGGCGCUGCGGUCGAUGCACAAUUACAAGCCCGCCGUGCAGAGAAUGGAGAUGGGCACCGAGGAUCAGGGAAGCAGCAACCGGACGAGGGGGAAGAGGACGGAGGAAGAGGAGCAGGGCGAACAGGAGAGGCCACUCAUGGAGGACGAGAAUCACAUCACGCAGGGCCGAAAGGUGCAAGCGUACGCUCACCGUGAUAUCAAGCCUGGCAACAUUAUGAUCGACGACUCCGGCUCAACGCCUGUCCUCAUGGACCUCGGCUCCGUCGCGCCGUCCCCGAUCCCCGUCACCUCCCAGUCUCUCGCACUCCAGAUCCAGGAUACCGCCGCCGAGCACUCGACCAUGCCGUACCGUGCCCCGGAGCUGUUCGACGUGCGCAACGGCUCCGUCAUCGACACAAAGACCGACAUCUGGUCCAUGGGCUGCACGCUAUACGCCUGUCUCGUCGGCAAGUCACCCUUUGAGAUGCGCUCGGACGAGACGGGUGGCACCCUCAGCCUGUGCGUACUCGGUGGCGAUUGGAGGUUCCCCGACGAGGGACCCCAGGGCGUCAAGAGGACAAACAGCAUGAGGCACCAGGGACAGUCGCCCAACGGCGCUGGCACGCAGAACGUCGAGAUCAGCGAAUCGAUCCGCGAGGUUGUGCGGAAAUGUCUCAAAGUUGAGCCCGCAGAGAGACCCGACAUUGACGAAUUGAUCAACCUGGUGGAAGAGGUCAUCGAGGGCCUGCCGGAGGAUGCGGAAUAAAACGUUGAUUUCUGCCACAGCGUCCCGACUCUACACAAUUGUACACUUCGUUACAGCCCUUUGCGGCUGGGUAUAUUUUCUGAUAUUAUGGGCAUUGGCGUUUAGGAGACGGUGAUCCGAUUUUGCAUAAGGU